UGCCUCCGUGGUGAGCCCCAAGUCCACUCGGCUGCCAGACGGUGGAGGCGGCAGCAGCAGCAGCAGCAGCAGCAGCAAGUGGGCCAUGGCGGAGGACGAGCCGAAGCCUUCGCAGCUCAGCAUGCCCUUAGUCCUGGACCGGGACCUGACCAAGCAGAUGCGGCUGCGCGUGGAGAGCCUGAAACAGCGCGGGCAGAAGCGCCAGGAUGGCGAGAAGCUGCUGCGGCCGGCCGAGUCCGUGUACCGCAUUGACUUCAUCCAGCAGCACAGGCUGCAGUUUGAGCGCUGGGAUGUCGUGCUGGACCAGCCGGGCAAGGUCACCAUCACGGGCACCUCCCAGAACUGGACGCCCGACCUCACCAACCUCAUGACGCGGCAGCUGCUCGACCCCGCGGCCAUCUUCUGGCGCAAGGAGGACUCGGAAGCCAUGGACUGGAAUGAGGCCGACGCCCUGGAGUUCGGGGAGCGCCUGUCCGACCUGGCCAAGAUCCGCAAGGUCAUGUACUUCCUCAUCACCUUCAGCGAGGGCCUCGAGCCCACCAACCUCAAGGCUUCCGUGGUCUUUAACCAGCUCUGAUGGCAGCUGCUGGUUGCCACCCCCUCCCCUUGCCCACUUGCCUGCCCCCUU